ACCAUGCCAGAAAUGGUGUGGAAACCCAUUUCGUGCCUGCCAUGCUAGAAAUGGCACCGCGCAUUUUGAGAAAUAUUUUCAGGAAUUGGGUAUUUGCAAUUCAGGAAUUGGUUAAGCAGUGUGAAGAUCUCAAAGUGAAGUACAAUGAAGAGAUGACAGAGAGAAAAAAGCUCUUCAAUGAACUUCAAGAGUCUAAAGGGAACAUUAGGGUUUUCUGCCGUUGCCGUCCCUUAAAUAAGGACGAGAUCUCCGCUGGCUGUACUACAGUUUUGGAUUUUGGUGCAUCAAAGGAUGGAAUUUUGACAACUAGUAUGCCAAAAAAACAAUACAGAUUUGACAGAGUUUAUACACCAAAAGAUGAUCAAGUUGAUGUUUUUGCUGAUGCCUCAUCAAUGGUAACAUCUGUGUUGGAUGGCUACAAUGUAUGCAUAUUUGCUUAUGGGCCAACAGGAGCAGGAAAGACAUUUACCAUGGAGGGAACAGAGCUGAAUAGAGGAGUAAAUUAUAGGACUCUUGAGCUCUUGUUCGACCUGAGAAAAAAAAGGAGUGAUACAUUUUCUUAUGACAUAUCUGUUAGUGUACUUGAGGUUUAUAAUGAACAAAUCAGAGACCUAUUGGCUACAGGAUCAACAACAAAAAGGUUGGAGAUAAAACAAGGCUCUAAAGGAUCUCAUUACAUUCCUGGUGUCGUAGAAGCUAAAGUUGAAAAUGUUAAGGAGGCCUGGGAUGUACUGCAAGCUGAAUGCAAAGGUAGAGCAGAUCUCACUGGUACCAAGCUUUUGCAUUCUAUAAGAAGCUCUCUAGUAUAUAUGUCUUCUCUUCAUCAAAAUGAAAUUUCUUCUUUGAAUACUUGUAAUGAUUGCUUGUUUCUUACUUCCUUUUCCAGCAUACUUUGUAUAAUGGUAAUGGCUAAAAAUUUGCUGAAUGGUGAGUGUACCAAGAGCAAGCUUCGACUUGUGAAUUUGGCGGGUAGUGAGAGACUUGCAAAGACAGAUGUGCAAGGGGAGCGGCUUAAGGAAACGCAAAAUAUCAACCUAUCUCUUUCGGCUCUUGGCACUGUUAUAUCUGCUUUAGCAGUGAAGAGUAGGCACAUUCCCUAUAGGAACUCAAAAUUGACACAUUUACUUGAAGACUCUUUAGGGGGUGACUCUAAAACUUUGAUGUUCCUGCAAAUCAGUCCAUCGGACAAGGACUUAGAUGAAACCCUUAGCUCACUUAAUUUCGCAACUAGAGUGAGGGGUGUUGUGUUAGGUUCCGGUAAGAUGCAAGUUGACACAAGUGAACUUCAAAAGACAAAAGCAAUGCUUGAAGAACUUGAAGGUCAGAUUGAGUUGAAGACAUCCAUGCAAAACCAGUCAGAAAAACAAAUUUCUCAGUUGUCGGAGAAAUUGAAAAUAAAAGAAGAAACCUGCAGAAAGCAGGAAGAAAAGAUGAAGGAGCUCGAGAAAAAGCUUAAAGAGCAGGAACAGAGCUCAGCUAUGCUUCGUCAGCAGGUAACUUUUUAUGUUCUUGCAUGAAUUGUACUUUUGCAAAUUGUUAUAUUAUAUAACACGGACUUUAUUUUGUU